ACGUCGCUUAGACAGCAAAAAAAUAACUUAAGCGGCUUUGUAUAAUUGAAUCUAUUAACUGACUUUGUAAACAAUUACCAGACGAGGUAGUUGCGAUAUUUUUCUUAAAGCUAUCUUUUAGUUUACUCUGAGCACUGAGUUAGAUGUGAAUUAAAGGCGGAUAAGAAAACGAAACGAGAUGAAUACUACUGCAAAGCUCGUUGGACUGCUAAUAAGCAUCAUGCUGAGCGUGAAGGUAAACGCGGUCACAAUAAAAUGCGGCAAUCUUAAUGAGGCUCUGCUGUACAGUAAGGAAACUACAACGAGUCCGAACGAAUAUCCAUGGAUGGGUGUACUCCUUGAAUCGGAAGAUGGUUAUCUAAGGAAUACACGCUGCAGCGUUAUCAUCGUAGGCGAGGCACAUGUCCUGGCAACCGGCCCUUGUGUGCGGAGAAAACGUCCGGAGUUGCUUACCGUACGGCUGGGUUUGUGGAAUAAGACACAUGUGCCUGGGGAGAGGAUACAAUGCAAUGAGAAAGGCUUUUGUGUGCCGAGACCCGUGGAUCAUCGGGUCAAAGGGAUCUUAGAGCAUUCGCUGGCGGAUAAGGAGACGGGAGAUUAUGAUUUGGCUAUACUGGAGUUGAAGGAACUCAUCAAAAUGACUACGUACAUUCAGCCGCUGUGCGUGAAUCAGCUUCCCGUGCCGGAGUCGCUAAUCGGUCGCAAUUAUCAUUAUGGUGGAUUCGAUAACGCUUCCUAUUUGAAGGGUAAAGGUCUGGCGAUAACCAUAUCGAGGCAGGUGUGUACAGAGACGGGCAAACUGUCCUCAGCACCCCCGGCAAAUCAAUUCUGCGCCUAUCCGGAGAAACGCACCCGUUUCUAUAAUGGCGCUGCCCUAAUGAGCACCAAUGUGAAAGGGGAAGUUCCGCGCAACUUCUACCUGUCCGGUAUAAUGACGAAACACUUGAAUGUUGGUGAUACGACGCUACUAUUCUUUCACGAUAUAAAAUCCGUGCGUCAAUGGAUUUUAAAUAAUACCCGCAUAACGGGUAAUUAAUAUAUAAUGAAUAUAUAAUUUUCAAUAUAUAAUCAACAAUUUUCUACAUUGUAAUUAAAUAAAUUAUUCUUGGGGCUACCCACAGCUCCG